GUCAAACAACGCUGGUGGGGGAAGAGCUGCAAACCAUCUUCAUCACGGUCACAACGGAGGUAAUGCUUCAGGUGGUGUUGUUGUACCAUCCACUGCCGCUUCAACUGUGGUCGGCGGGAAUACUGCGCCUAGUACUGCUGGAGGAACAAGCCGGAGCAGUAUUGUCGCUCCCUCUGGAGGCAAUACCAAUACUGCAACUGCUAAUAGCACCACAAUGCAAGGGGUCUCAUCAACUACAUCUUCAUCAUCGCACAAAACCACGGUAGUAGUCGCGACACCCAGAGGACACGGAACUGCAAACAAACACUCGUCAUCAAGAAAUAUGUCGAGUGCCACAUCAGGCGCAGCGUCAACUGGAGGGCACCACGUAACACAACUACAGUUGUCGACAAAUACAAGGCGCCCGAAAACAGAGAGAAGAUUCUCUGCAAAUUUAAGAAGAUAACCCCACACUGUCGUGUAAUCGAAUUUUUUUUUUAAUGACUAAGUAAAUCUAGAGGAAGUUGUCGCAACGAACUAAAAUAUUACUUCUUGGAGCGAGAGAGGAUGCAUGAGUGGUCGUUCUCUUAUAGUUGAUGGAGGUGUAGUAAAAUACAGUGCAACUCUAACAAAGGCAAAAAUUCAACACUCUCCGCAGCAGAGAACAGCCGCAACGGUCGCAAAUCUUCGUCUUGCCCAACACCAGGGCUCGCCGCCAGUUCCAUCAGGUUCAGGAACAUUUUGUUCUAGGGAACAUCAAGAACCGACCAUGUAUGAGCGAAUCUUCGGCUCCUCUUCAGAGCCAGCACAAGUAGAACAUGUUGAUGUUGGUAUUGAUCGACAAACUUCAUCAGGUGUUGGUGUUCCAAAUGUGGUAGGACGAGGGGUCGCUGCAGGAGGGACCGUUGAAACUGUAGGAUUGCAAGGUUUAGGGGUCGGCGAAGUGCAUCACAAUGUUGAGCAUCAACCACAACAUCAAGUAAGCAGGCACCCGACGUCGACUGCUUCUAGGACAACUACUACUGCUGCUACUACUACUGCGUUGACACAGCAAGGUGAUCAUCAACAGGCGAGUGGUCUGUUCAUGCUGCCAAGUAACGUGAAUCCCGGUAUCAGAAUUGCGCGAAGAAGUGUUAGGCAUCAGCUGGGCCAACAUGCACAACCUGUCGUCAGGAGACAAGACCACGAACAACAUCACCAUCAUAGACCAGGGAUGAGACAAGAACCUCAAGAUCAUCAUCAAGGACAUGGUCAUGGACAACAUGGACAUGAGGAUGUAAUUGGGGCUCAUCCUCAUCAUGGACCACAUGAUGUACUUGGGUCACGGCCACACCCGCCUCCGAGGUCUUGUAGAACCUCUUCUGGUACAGGUGGAGCUGGAUUAGUUUUGCCAACAUCAACACAACACGCUCACGCUGCGCCUGUUGUGUAUCAGCCAAUGCCGGACCUUUCCCCGCCUCGUCCCAACGCUUCCACGCAUCCCCACGCAUCGGAGAUCACGAGCAACUGCCAGCAAUAUCAACAAAUCAUGUCGAGUACGCCAAUUUUACCGACGCCUCCAGGAACGUCAUCAAGUAUCGAGAUACACAGUGAUAAUACCACGCAGUAUAGAGAUUACAGUGAUAAUACCUCGCAGGCGCAACCCCCGCCGGAGUAUCAAACUUAUAGUACCGGUAACAGUCCCUUUAAUGCAAGAACCGCAGCAGGUCAGGAGCACGUGCUGGUGGAGCAGCGACCCAAUCAGCAGCAGGCACUACAACUUGUAAACGAACAAGAAAGUCGUGGUCAACAGCUGAUGUCAUUUGCGAAUCGUCCUUCCUUAAUUACUUCGACUUCGUUACCUCACGAUCACGAUCACACGCAACGCAACAUAGAUUAUGACUCACACCAACAACAACAACAUCAAGAACUACAACAUUUUGUUCUUGAAGAGACCCCACAUACCUGGCAUGGCAUCUCGACGCCUUCCAGAGAUGCGAGACCAUCGAGAGGAGCAGACGUCGCUGUUGAUCCUGUAAUUAAGGCUCAAUAUAUUUCAUUUCUACAAGUCAUUUCUCCCUAUUUCCUUCUUAGGAUUGGGAGAAAUGUAGGCAAGAAAUGAAUUGUUUUGAGCUCUAAUGUAAGCGGCGACGUCUUGAGCUAUAGUCAAGACCCGCCUGAGACCGACAAUCUGGCGCUUUAUUGCUUCGGUUUGCACGGCAAGAGCACUGGGACUGGACUCUAGAUAUGAGUCGCACUUCUGAACAAGGGCACUUCUGAAGAACAAGGCGGGCACUCGAUGUCGAUUGCAGUUUUUUUGUCAGGCAGUUAUGUCAGCCAGAUGAAGCAGUUCUAGCAAACAUUACAUCUAGCGAGUAGCAAAAGAUCAAGAUGCACAUCAAGAAGUACUCCGUAAAGAAUCAUGAAAAAUGGUCUUUCUUGUACAAAGAAAUACUAGCUGUUCAACAGUUCACUGCAAUGGAUCUCCCCCGACUUACAACACAAAACCCGUCAUAUUGUUGCAUUUUUAUUGGCGAGGCCAUCUCAAUAAUCAUGUCUUGUGUGUAGCCAUUGCGAUUGCUUCGUGGCGCCUCGUGUUUCUCAUCUGUGAACUAUUUGCUUUACGGCCCGCGCUUGACAAUCAAGAAAAAAACAAAGUUAAAG